CAGCAGUCCUUAGAGCUUUGUUUUGGGACACCCAAAGGCUGAAUCCACGCUGUAUGUUACCGUGGUCGACUCGUCACUGGACCGGGUCGUCAAGGUUCAAAUUCUACCCCGAAUCCUUCAUUUGAUUGCAUCGCGUGAUCCCGCUGGGCUCUUACACAUCGAGAAGGCGCUACCACGCCCCGAUUGGCUUGUAUCUUCUCAAAAUUUGAGCCCCGUCUGAGUAUUUGCAUGUUGGGGGGUUCGUGCGAAGUGGAUGAGAGGGGAUUUUUCUACUCGCAGAGUAGUAAUUGAAAUCUUGCGAUGGGGAUGUCGGUAUUGAGCAUCUACUCGUAUCCGUAAUGCGAGUCGAUUGAGCUCAAGUCGCGGAUUCGAACGAGGUAUAAUUCUAAACUGCAGGGACUGCUGAAACAAUCACUGCGUGCUCCACGUGAAAUCGGCGCUCUGCCUUCCGUAUCUCUGUCAGUGCAACGCGGAGAGAAUCACAGAAUUUGCAAUUACGAGUGCUGUAUAGGUGCUGUAGAAAUUGCUUCAACAUCCAAGAUGUGUUUGAGAGGUUUCGUAAUUUUCCCGCUGCUGGCGGUGCUAUACUUGGCUCUCGCAUCCCCGAUUCUCGCCUUCAAAAAGGCAGAUUCAAUCCGCAGAGCCACCUUGGGAACGGAUUCAUGGAAGGCAGCUCAGGAAGCCGAUCGGAUCGAUGCACUGCCGGGGCAACCGCCAGUGGAAUUUGCCAUGUACGCAGGGUAUAUCACAGUGAAUGAGCAAGCUGGCAGGGCGCACUACUAUUUCUUCGUAGAGGCUGCCGAAGAGCCAGAGAAUAAGCCUCUCGUCAUCUGGCACAACGGAGGCCCAGGGUGCUCUUCAAUUGCAUAUGGAUUUGGAGAGGAGCUCGGUCCAUUCUUCAUCAACGAGGGAGGUGAAACACUCCGGCUCAAUCCCAAUGCUGGAAACAAAGUUGCCAACAUAGUCUUCGUCGAAUCUCCCGCUGGGGUGGGCUUCUCCUACACCAACACCAGCAACGAUCUCUACACAUCUGGCGAUAAUCGCACAGCAUAUGAUAACUAUGCUUUCGUGACGAACUGGAUGAAGCGAUUCCCCCAGUACAAAGGACGCGACUUCUAUCUCUCGGGGGAAAGCUAUGCUGGGUAUUAUGUCCCCGAGCUCUCCAAGCUAAUCUACGAGAACAACAAAAACCUCCCUGAUGCUGACAAGAUCAAUUUCAAGGGCUUUAUGGUGGGCAAUCCUGUGAUCGACACCUACAGCGACAACUGGGGGUACAUCGACUUCCUCUACUACCACGCCAUGAUCAGCGACCAACUCUACGCCAAGAUCAAGGUCGUGUGCAACUUCCAACGCAAGAAUGCCACUCUCUCCGACGCGUGCGUGAAGCUUUUGUACUACAAUGCCGACGAAGAGCAAGGCGAGAUCGACCCUUACUCGGUGUACGCACCGGCGUGCACCUCCAACACGACCUUCGGUGGGAAUUUCACCGGCCAUCACCCUCUUCACACUCCUCACAAGAAGCUGUUCAAUCCGGUUCUGGGCCACUUCCGUAGGGAGGAAUACGACCCUUGCACGUAUGAUUACUCGUUGAUCUACUUCAACAGGCCGGACGUGCAGAAGGCGAUGCACGCGAAUACGACGGGAAUUCCAUAUCCAUGGGUUGGCUGCAGUGAUCCCUUGUUUCUUAACUGGAAGGACUCGGCGACCACUGUGCUGCCCAUCUACCAGGAGCUUCUCGAAGCUGGCUUGCAGUUAUGGGUGUUCAGUGGGGACGCCGAUAGCGUUGUUCCGGUGACCGGCACCAGAUACGCCUUGAGCUCCUUGAAUCUGCCCGUAGUCGUUCCAUGGUACUCUUGGUACCACAACCUGCAGGUAGGAGGUCGAGUGAUCGUAUACGAAGGAAACCUGACACUGGUGACAGUUCGCGGAGCCGGACAUGAAGUGCCGUUGCUGAGACCCGAAGAGUUCCUGCAAGUAUUCAGCGCUUUUCUAAACCAAUCACUCUUGCCAAGGACACCAUACCCAUAAACCUGCAACCCACCGCAGCCCAUGUGGUGGCCACAGUGGAACCAAAACGCAUUAUUUCUAACAGCUUAACUCUCACCUAGAUCAUCCCAAAGUCUUCACGUUGUGGAAGAAAACAAAGGGGGACGUCCUCUCGUAGAACUCCCUCUCUCACCACCACAAUCUGCGUGGGGCUGUUUUGUGUUCUCCGCAACGGCAUCGAUAUUCGGUGCCAUUGCCACGGUCGUGAUCUACGAGGUGACCACUACAAGGGACCAAAAACUCGCCCCUGCUAAUUCAACGCAAACAAAUGCUAAUUCCAACCUCAUCCGCAUGCGCACCUGAACGAAGAUCUGCGGCAAAACGCAAGAGCAGAAGUUCUGGUCCAGAUCUCCAAUGACGUUUUUUUUUGUUUUUUUGAGGUUUUUCUGUGUUUUUCGAUGCUUUUGUUUCUCCAUUGAAGAGUAUCAAACUUGGUGGUGGUGGUGAAUGUGGUCCCUUCGUAGGUCUUGGUCAUGCCCUGAAUCGGUAGCAUCUACAGUUAUUUUUAUUACUGUAGAUCCACCAUUUUUGGUGGCAUGGUAAAAGUGUUGGAUUGAACACGGUUUUGUGGCCUUGUUCUAUGCUCUUGUGUAAAGCCGAGUAAUGUCUAUCAAGGGAAGAACUUGUAUCUCAUCAUGUAAUAAGAUAUCCUUUGCAAAAUCUAAA